UGUUCCAGUUUAACGGGCUUCUCCGAGCCGUUAAAUUCACGAUGGAAAGACAGCACGGGGUUUACAUGCAUAGUGUUUUUUUCCCUCUAGUUAUCUCUAAUGCGAAAGUUUUGGCGGUAGUUAUUAAUUUAAACGUGAUAUUGUCUCCGAUUCCGUUAGGAUCUUUUAUUUUGGCUGUAAUGAAAUGAUGGUCUUAUGCAGGCGGCGAUAAUUGCAGGUAUUCCCGGUUCUGACUCCGUGUCUCAGAACAAUGCGGUGUAUUAUUGAUGAGAGCUGUCCUUGCGGGCAGCUGGAAGCCCUGCAUCCUUACCCGUCCUCGCUAGUUUAGCAGCUAAUUACAGAAGGGAGCAGCGGAGCACUGCGCCUUCGAAGUGAACAUGUGCGCAGCCUGUCAUUACACUCGAUUCCCGGGACACACGAUUGCUGCUCAGCCAUUGUUUGACUCAUUCAGUAAUUUCAAGGGAGUCUUAAAGGCAUAGCCUGUUGAUUUUUAUGAAUGGAUCAGCCGGCCUUUGAUUAAGAGAAAAGCAAAUCAAAAAACAGAAGCAGUUUUUGUUUGAUUCGCAUUGAGGGGUAACAUCAUUUUGAAGGCCAGAACUGGAAGAGCUUUGCAGCCUCUUGCUGUCCUUUGUGUGUCCAGAUGCUGCCUAUAUAGACCGGUGACAUGUUCUCCACCCCCACCCCAGAUAGUCCCGCCCACCCAGGGCUGUCGCUUCCUAUUAUGUCCAAACGCAGCGGCUCUUCAGACGCCGCUGAUUGGAGGUGACAGGCCAGCAGGGCUGUCGCCGCCUCCCGCCUGCGUUUGUCGUGCAGGGGUGUCAGCCCUUGGCAAAGCGUGUCAUGGAUGUCUGAACAGGAAGGUCUAAAAAAGCUUCCCCAGCCGUUCAUUUUGGCCUCCCACUUCACAGACGGCGAGUCUCCUGUAUCUGGUGUUUUUCUGGGUGCACCGUAGGCUGGAUUCCCACCUCGUUCGGCAUAACCCGACGUCUCCCCGUGGCUGACACAACACAGUUAGGGGCGUCCUCUGGUUGUUUGCUGGAUGUCGGGACCUCAGGUUACUUUGCCCUGGAUUCUCCUCUGUUACAAAGCCACCCUGCAGUGGCUAAUUGGUUAAAGCUAUUGAUUAUUACGGAUGUGACUCAACCAUUGUGGUUUUUGUAUCUUUUUUCCCCCUCAGGAUGGAAUUGAUAGUUUCUUAGUGAGCUGGUGAAAAAUGCAAAGUCACUUUGACCUCUUUGGAAGCAGAAUGAAGCUGGGCUUUCACUUUAAUUAAGAAACAUGAAGUGAAUUGCACUGAUUGCUCUGCAGUUUUUUGGCUGCUACGUUUAACAAUGUCGUUUAAUAUCCCAACGGGCUCUUUCGUGAAGUUAAAAUAAAUAAAUUAAAAAAAACUUUUACACUCUGUCUUGUUUUCUUUUACUAUUGCUUACUUAUACUAUUUUAUGUGGGGAAAUUAUUUUCUUUGGGUAAUUUCACUACUAGCUGAUAUACGGUGUGAGGGGCUUCUAGAGGAUUGGUUCAGCAUGGCGCAAGGCAGAUGAUGUAUGAGCCCCAUCGGGGUGGGGAUGGUAAUUGCAGGACAACGGGUCCCAGCUGUCAUCCUGGGUUGGGGCAGUCUGUUGCCCUCUCCUGGUCACAUACGGGCAAUGUUUCAGCUGUCAGAGGGACACCCUUGAAUUCUUCCAUCCACCAGCACCCAGUUGCGAGCCCCUCGGGCAGCGUCGGACCCAGUCAAGAUGAGCCUUCAUGGUGCCAGCGGGGGCUACGACCGAGAGCGUGCCCGCGACCACCACCGGCGGCGCUCCAGCGACCGAUCCCGCGAUUCUUCCCACGAGAGGGUGGAGGCCCAGCUGACACCCUGCAUCCGGAACGUCUCCUCGCCCACCCGCCAGCAAGGUAUCGACCGUGAGAGGGACCCCAGCUCCCACAGGGGCUGUCCGGGGGGUGGCCUGUCUGGUAGCAGUGGGAUCAGCAAAGGCCCUGGGGUAGGACCAGGCGACCUGGUCUAUGUGUAUGAGAGCACCAAGGAGGGCACCCGCAGCACUCGGGCCAGUGAGAGGGUGACCCUCAUCGUGGACAGCACGAGAUUUGUCGUCGACCCCUCCAUCUUCACCGCACAGCCCAACACCAUGCUGGGGAGGAUGUUCGGGUCCGGAAGGGAGCACAAUUUCACACGGCCCAACGAGAAAGGGGAGUUUGAGGUGGCCGAAGGAAUCAGCUCCGCUGUGUUCAGAGCCAUUUUGGAUUACUACAAAUCUGGGAUCAUCCGCUGCCCCGAUGGCAUCUCCAUCCCGGAGCUGAGGGAGGCCUGCGAUUACCUCUGCAUCUCCUUCGACUGCAGCACUAUCAAGUGCAGAGACCUGAGCGCCCUGAUGCAUGAGCUGUCGAACGACGGCGCGCGACGGCAGUUCGAGAGCUACCUUGAGGAGAUGGUGCUCCCCCUGAUGGUGGCCAGCGCACAGAGCGGCGAGCGCGAGUGCCACAUCGUGGUGCUGACGGAUGACGACGUGGUCGACUGGGACGAGGAAUACCCGCCGCAGAUGGGAGAGGAGUACUCUCAGAUCAUAUACAGUACAAAACUAUACCGUUUCUUCAAGUACAUCGAAAACCGAGAUGUAGCUAAAUCCGUUCUGAAGGAAAGAGGGCUGAAGAAGAUACGGCUGGGUAUCGAAGGCUACCCCACCUACAAGGAGAAGGUGAAGAAGCGUCCCGGCGGCCGGCCGGAGGUCAUCUACAACUACGUGCAGCGGCCGUUCAUCCGCAUGUCCUGGGAGAAGGAGGAGGGCAAGAGCCGCCACGUGGACUUCCAGUGUGUGAAGAGCAAGUCCAUCACCAACCUGGCGGCGGCCGCCGCCGAUAUCCCCCAGGACCAGCUGGUGGCGCUGCACCCCGGGCCCCAGGUGGAUGAGCUGGACGUGUUGCCCGACCAUCCCGUGCCCGGAAGCUUCUAUGCUAACGGCGGCGACGGGGAGGGUGAUGGGCCCGCGCCUCCUCUCUGAGGAGGACAUGGAUGGCUGGUGCCAGGAAACAGGGAGGAGGUGCCUGAAUCUGAUGCCAUUGCCCACCCCUGUAGGCCUGGGCCUUCCAGACCAGCUGUACUCUACACUCAAGGGGCGGGGGCCUUUUUAAAAUUAAUUUAUAAUUAUUACUUUUUUUUUUUUUUUUUUUUUAACUUGACCAAAGGAGUUUUUAUUUUGUACCAGAGCUUCUGAAUAAAAUAGAGUGCGCUCUCCCAAUCUCCAUGUGAAAUCGGGCUUUCACCACCUCAGGAAGAGGGCUUUCCGCCCAGCCUCGCCAUGCGGCCCCUCACCGCCGCGACCUCUGACCCCUCACACUGAGAGCCAAUCACGCAGCGGCGCUGUCGGGCAUCUGCAGCCCGGCCUGCCCUCUAGGGUACAUUCAGCAGCAUGUCACAUUCCUGUAACCAGGAAUCCUUUUGUUAACAACAGAAAUUUAUGUUUUAAUAAAGUCUUUGCGAUCACUUUGAAAACAAAUCUUGUCUGA